AUGAAGUACGCUUUCAAAAGAGAUCUCAUUCAUGAUGCUGUAGGAGGUCUAACAGUUGGAAUCAUGCAUGUACCACAAGGAAUUGCUUACGCUGUGUUGGCGGGUGUUGAUCCAGUAGUCGGUCUGUACACAUCAUUCUUUCCCGUACUAUCGUAUAUGAUAUUUGGUACUUCACGGCAUUGCUCUACAGGAGCCUUCGCAGUUGUAGCACUGAUGACAGGGAAAGCGGUCCAUCGGUUAUCCGUCGCUCCCGAAGACGUCAUGUCCUUAGGGAAUAUCACAGGGUCAACGACAUCACCUACACCGGUUCAAGUCGCUUCAGCAUUGACAGUGCUUAUUGGUAUAAUCCAGGUAUUGGUAGGAGCGCUUGGUCUCGACUUUGUCACGACGUAUUUCUCCGAUGAACUCGUUACUGGCUUCACAACUGGUGCUUCCACACAUGUAUUUAUUACACAGCUCAAGGAUGUCUUUGGAAUUCCUGGACUUCCACGACGUGAAGGAGUGGCGAACGCAUUACUGAAAAUCUAUGAUCUCUGUGCUGGGCUUCCACGAACGAAUUUGAUCGCUUUUGGGCUGUCAGCAUUGACGAUCCUCCUGCUGAUGAUCGGAAAAUACGUGCUCAAUCCUCUUGUGAAAAAACGCCUUCAUUGUCCAGUACCUUUCCCAAUGGAGCUUCUUGCUGUGGUCCUAGGAACUGUGAUAUCUCAAUUUGCUCAUCUCAAAUCGAACUUCAAUGUCUCAAUCGUUGGAAAGAUUCCAGAAGGUUUACCAGCGCCAUUGUUGCCCCAUUUGGAUUUGAUACCAUCACUCAUCGUCGAUGCGAUUUCCAUAUCAGCCGUUGUUAUGGCCAUCCAUGUCUCUCUAGCCAAAAUAUUAGCCAAAAAGUACCAGUAUGAAAUGGUUACCAAUCAGGAGUUCUACGCAAUGGGUUUCACAUCGGUAUUAAGCGGAUUUUUCCCGAUUUUCCCACAUUCCUGUAGUAUUUCACGGACGAUGGUUAGCGUUGGAGCAGGAACUAAAACUCAGUUGAACGCCAUUUUCUCGAGUAUAUUCAUCUUCAUCAUCGUGCAAUUCAGUGGUUCAUGGCUCCAGCCUCUACCAAUGUGUGUACUUGCUUCCAUAAUUGUUGCUGCCUUGUUGGGAAUGUUCCAGAAAUUCGGACAACUAGUGAGAUUGUGGCGACUGUCCAAGAUCGACUUCAGUAUCUGGGUAGUCGCUUUCGUCGCCACCGUAUGUAUAGAUGUAAUGGAAGGACUCGCAAUCGCAAUUGUUUUCGCUCUGUUCACUACUGUCAUUCGAGAGCAAUGGCCAAAAUGGCAUAUCUUGGCGAACAUAUCAGGAACCUAUGACUUCCGUGAUGUGGAGAGAUAUCGCCAUAUCUACUUCUUCAAUAGUGUGUGUGUGCUGAGAUUCGACUCACCGCUCCUGUUCACAAAUGUCGGACGAUUCCGAAAGAUAGUGGAUAAUGUGGCGGAUGACUGGGAAGGUAUAAAGUAUUGCGGAAAACUCGACAAGAAACACCUCGUUCUGGGAGAGCAAAGCGAGAAAGAUUCCGUGAGUGUAUCUUCCGAAAACCAGAAGAAAUACCUUAUAAUUGACUGUUCCGGAUUUGCUUACGUGGACAUCAUGGGUGUGAACACCCUCAAAGAGAUUCACGAGGACCUGCGUGUUAAAAACAUCUGCGUCUCCUUUGCAGCUGCCAAAGCACCAGUACGUGAAUUGUUCGAAGCCAGUGGUCUCUAUGCAGCUGUAGCCAAGACCAAUUUCUACCCUACGAUCUAUGAUGCGAUCGCAUACGCUCAAAUGGAGAGAGGUGUCUCGACCCCCGAUCAUUUCAUAUCGCAUGAUAGUUACGUCAAUCACGUCGACACGACAGACGAAGCCAUUCAGUGUCCUGAACCGUCGAAGGAACGCUGCUCAGUGUAG